AUGACUGGCACCCAGAGCAGCCAGGAUGGUGAUGGACCGGGUACAUCGGGGAGCGCGACCUUGCCACUCAACCCGCAGACCGAGCGCCUGUGCAACAAAACUAGCAUUUGCUCUCGGUCCUAUUUUGUGGUUGUAAUGGUGUUUUUUCACGUAUACAUAAUUAAUGUAAUAGCACUGUUAUUCUACGUGCACUACAGCAGCGGACAAGAAGAAGAUAACCAAAGUCGUGACACUCAUGACACUGACCACUCGCGCAUUAACUCAAGAGAGACGCCAUCAAAAGUUGAAUACCAACGUGAUUUUUCACUUCCAAGAAUCGAGGGUAUAAGGGUUGGACAUGUCCAGAAGGUGUCAUUGACACGUGGACAAGAUCAUCUCAUGCGGACACUUAGUAUGAAGCCUCUUCUAUUUGAAAUCUCAGACUUUUUAUCUGAGGAUGAAUGCCAAGUUGUAAUGCAGCUGGCUCAACUGAAAGGUUUAAUGGAAAGCCAGCUUAUGGUUCAAGGAGACCAUGAAGAACUGGUAAAGGAACUAAACCUUAGCCCAGAGGAGAUCUUCAACCUUCUGGACAUAAAUCAGGAUGGACAGUUGCAGCAUACUGAGAUAUUGACACACUCCCGAGUGAGGGAUGGUAUUUGGUUAACACCAGAUACUUUGAGGGAAAUAUAUGCAGGUCUAGAAGUUGACAAGAAUGGUGAUGGUUUGCUGAGUAUAGAGGAAUUUAGACUACUGAGUAGUGAUGCCUUCCAGCGCUUCCUGCAGCAACAAGGGGUCAAGAAAAGUCAGCUUGUGAGAAAUAGCCGGCAUACAUGGCUUUACCAGGGCGAAGGAGCACACAAGGUCCUUCAAGAUAUCAAAGAGAGAGUAAUCAAACUAACACGGCUCCCACCUGCCUUAGUGGACCUGAGUGAGCCUUUACAAGUGGUUCGUUAUGAAGAGGGCGGACAUUAUCACGCCCAUCAUGACAGUGGACCAGUCUACCCUGAAACAGCCUGUACGCACACCAGACUAGCAGCAAACACCUCCACUCCUUUUGAAACAUCAUGCCGGUACAUCACAGUUCUCUUCUACUUGAACUCUGUUGAAGGGGGUGGGGAGACCGCAUUCCCUGUGGCAGACAACAGGACCUAUGAUGAAGUGUCAUUAAUACAGAAUGAUAUAGAUCUUCUGGACACCAGGAAGAACUGUGAUAAGAGUAACCUAAGAGUGAAGCCAACAAAAGGGACAGCUGUUUUCUGGUACAACUAUCUCUCAGAUGGAAAAGGCUGGGUAGGGGAGCAGGAUGAAUAUGCUCUCCAUGGCGGCUGUGUGGUCACCCAUGGCACUAAGUGGGUUGCCAAUAAAUGGAUCAACAUUGAUCCAGAUUACCAGCGCCAGGCUCGGUAUCAGCAGCUGGUCUCACAGCACCAGAAGCACAGUGAUGACGACAGUUCAGUUGUAUCUUCUGACACUCCUAUUUCUGAUAUCCACCAAGACUUGUAG